UUGAAGUUAUUUAUCUGAGCGGGAAUAAAGAACAUUUUGACCUUGUUACUGCCAAGAGAGGUAAACAGUCGGGGAAAGAUUAUUUGGUAUUAAGAGUUGCAGAUUUGAUUAAGAUGGCAUUUAUCGCCUCAACCGCUGUUGUGGGAGAAAUGAGAUUGGAGGGGUUAACUGUAUUAAGAGAUGUAAUUGAGAAAUUCGCGGCCACUCCCGAUCCUGACUUCGAAGAAGCUGCACUUUUAGAGCAAUAUCAGGCACAAAUUGGUGCUGCCUUGACUCCGGCUUUUACUGCCGAAUCAUCACCGGAGAUUCUUUCAGCCGCUGUAAGAGUCUGCGCCGUGUUUGUUGGAAGUGGGAUUGUCAAGGAAUUAUAUCGAAUGGGCCGCAUAUUAAAACUUUUAACUACUGCUCUGGAAAAUUGUCGAG